AUGGAGCUACACAGGAGUAUUUUCUUCUUCAUAGUUUUUAUAGGUUUCUCUGGUGCAGAAAUAAAAUUAUCGUCUGAUUUUAUGGUAAUCGCUGGUCCGUUGACAAAUGUUCUGGUGAAGAAUUUAGCAGAAGAUGAAAAGAAAGACCAGAAGAACAACUUCAGUGUGGAAGAAGAGGCACAGUACUUUUGCCAGGACCCUCUUUCAAGGCACCUUAAAGAUUAUCUUUCCAAUCUACAUAAAAAAGGAGUUUCCCAUUACAAAGUAAUCCUUCCCUGGACUAAAAUUCUUCCUGAAGGUACAUCUGAUAAAAUGGAUAAUGAUUUAAUAAAAUGCCAUUCAAAUCUCCUAAAUGAGAUAAUAAUUGCAAAUCUCAAACCUUUGCUGGUUCUGCAUGACAGUGGCAUGCCUCACGAGCUGAUUGAAAAGUAUGGUGGCUGGGAGAAUGAAGCACUUGUUGAUUUAUUUGUGGACUACGUGCGAUUUGCAUUUGCAACUUUUGGAGAUAAAGUUGAAACCUGGAUAACAUUUGAUAACCCUUCAGAAUUAAUAAAAUCCAAACAUAAGCUGCAGCACACUGGAUCUUUGGCAAUCAAGAAUAUAAUCCGUGCCCAUGAAAAGGUUUAUGGAAUUUAUCACAAUGAGAUGCAAUACAAAGAAGGAACAUUGUCCAUUGUUUUGAACAUUAACGACGUCAUUUCUACAGAUGAUAUGUUCCAGACAUUUCGGCAAGUUAUCAAUGAGGGAAUGGUGGAUUUGAUUGCUGUUGCUGUAUUAGAUGAUUGCUUAUCAAAUCACAAGAGCAUCAACAAACAUUUACAGAUUUUGAUCUUUAGCUUAGACUUUUCACAAUGUGCUGUGUCAGCCAUAGGCAGCACAGAGUAUAACAGAGCUACGUUCACUGAAGUUGUAAAAGCUCUAAAUAAUAAUGAAGUGUCAAUGAUUGGCUAUGAUGUUAGUCACUUCCUGGACCAUUUGCCACUUCAUUACCAAAGAAGCAACUUGGAUAAUGAAAGCAACUUUUCUCCAAUGGAAGAAGGAAGUGAAGAUGAGCUGGCAGAACAUAACAGUGAUAUCCAACUUCAUAGAACAUCUCGCCUUUCAGCUUAUGAGACUGUUUGGGAAAAGUUUUCUGUACAAUCAAACGCAGAGAGGGACUCCUUCCUAAUUGGUACUUUUCCCAGUACUUUUCUAUGGAGCACAGCUACUGCCUCAUUUAAAAUUGAGGGAGGCUGGGCAGAACAGGGGAAAGGAGAAAAUAUUUGGGACAGGUUUGCUCAUGAGGGAAAAGUAGAAAAAAACCAGACAGCAGAUAUUGCCUGUGAUAGCUUCCAUAAAAUUGAUUAUGAUGUUUAUUUAAUGAGAGGUUUACAAAUUAACUCUUAUAAGUUCUCCUUAUCAUGGUCUAGAAUUUUCCCGACAGGCAAUCGGACUAAACAGAACCAAGAUGGAAUAGACUAUUACAACAAAUUAAUUGACAGCCUGUUGGAGUCCAAUAUUCAGCCAAUGGUAACUUUAUAUCAUUGGGAUCUUCCCCAAGCUCUGCAAGAUAUUGGUGGAUGGCAGAAUGAGGACAUCAUAAAAGCAUUUAGUGAUUAUGCAGAUUUUUGUUUCGCUACCUUUGGAGACCGUGUGAAGUACUGGAUCACAUUUAAUGAGCCCUGGGUAGUUAGUUAUGCUGGCUAUGGCACAGGACAGCAUGCACCUGGAAUCAGUGAUCCAACUAAUGCAUCCUAUAAGGUGGCCCAAUCUAUAAUCAAGGCCCAUGCCAAUGCUUGGCACACUUACGACAAAAACUACCGUUCUCAGCAGCAUGGUCAAGUAGGAAUAGCAUUGAAUUCAGACUGGGCUGAACCUAGCUCCCCUAAUAAGCCAGAAGAUGUUCAAACAGCUGAUCGAUACCUGCAGUUUAUGUUGGGCUGGUUUGCUCAUCCAAUCUUUGUUAAUGGUGACUAUCCAGAAACCUUAAAAGCUCAGAUAAAAAAAUAUAAUCAGGAAUGUCCUUCUGCUCCUGUCCAUUUUCCGUCAUUUACAGAAAAGGAAAAACAAUACAUAAAUGGAACUUCAGAUUUUUUUGGACUCAGUCACUACACCUCUCGACUAGUCAAGUCUACCACCAACAAAAUAUGCGUUUCGGAUUACAACCGUAUUGGAGACUUUUCUCCACAGGUUGACAAUUCAUGGCACUCAACUGUAUCUCCAUGGAUAUACAUCGUGCCCUGGGGCUUAAGAAGGUUAUUAAAUUUUGUUACCCAUGAGUAUACGGGUACCAACAUUCCAAUUUACAUAACAGGGCAUGGAAUUCCAACAGAAUAUGCUGGCCUUGAUAUCGUAAAUGACACCAUAAGGAUAGAGAGUAUUGCUGCCUACAUUAAUGAAGCACUAAAGGCUUACAAGUUGGAUAAUGUUAACCUUAAAGGAUACGCAGCUACAUCCCUUCUGGACAGUUUCGAAUGGGUCAAUGGUUAUACUUUUCAAUUUGGACUGCAUCAUGUCAACUUCAAAGAUCCUAACAGACAAAGAACUCCCAAGAGGUCAGCACAUUAUUAUUCAGAAAUAAUUCACGGCAAUGGCUUCCCGCCUCAGAAAGAAGAUGAGUUCAUUUAUGGAGAAUUUCCAAAGGAUUUUGCAUGGAGUGCAGCUACUGCUGCCUAUCAGAUUGAAGGAGCUUGGAGAGCUGACGGAAAAGGACUUAGUAUAUGGGAUACCUUUAGUCAUACGCCCUUGAAAGUAGGCAAUGAUGAUACUGGAGAUAUAGCCUGCGAUAGCUAUCACAAGAUUGAUGAAGAUUUGGCUAUUCUGAAACAACUGAAAGUCAACCACUAUCGCUUUUCCCUAUCCUGGUCUCGCAUCCUUCCAAAGGGAACCACAAGAUAUGUAAAUGAUGUUGGAUUAAAUUAUUAUAUAAAGUUUAUAGAUGGUCUUCUUGCAGCCAACAUUAAACCUCAGGUCACCCUUUAUCACUGGGAUUUACCUCAGGCUCUGCAAGAUGUUGGUGGCUGGGAAAAUAGUAGUACCAUUGACCGAUUUGUGGAAUAUGCAAACUUUUGCUUUCAAAGAUUAGGUGACAAGGUCAAGUUCUGGAUAACCUUGAAUGAGCCUUACAACACAGCACUUCUUGGUUAUGGCUAUGGCACUGCAGCACCAGGUAUUGGCACAAGAUUAGGCAGUGCACCUUAUAUAGUUGGUCACAAUCUAAUCAAAGCACAUGCUGAAGUUUGGCACUUGUACAAUGAAACUUACAGACCACAACAGGGAGGGCUAAUCUCCAUUACUAUCAACUCUGACUGGGUUGAGCCAAGGAACCCAUAUAAACAGGAAGAUGUAGAUGCUGCAAAAAGGCAUUUGAUGUUUUAUGGUGGUUGGUUUGCAUAUCCAAUUUUCAAAAAUGGUGACUACAAUGAAGUGAUGAAAGCACGUGUGAGAGAGAAGAGUUUGGCUCAAGGUUUACCUAAAUCUCGACUUCCUGAAUUCACUGAAUCUGAAAAACAGAGAAUUAAAGGAACAUAUGACUAUAUGGGAUUUAAUCACUACACCACAGUCUUGGCUUUUAAUGUCAAUUUUGGAAAUGCUAUCCCAAUGUAUGAUGCCGACAGAGGAACAGGAACCACAGUAGACCGCAGCUGGCUUAGUUCUGGAUCGUUCUGGCUGAAAGUAACUCCUUGGGGUUUUAGGAGAAUUCUUAACUGGAUUAAGAAAGAGUUCAACAACCCUCCUAUUUAUCUAACAGAAAAUGGAAUUUCAGAGCAUGGUGACAAAGGCCUCAAUGAUACCUGGAGGAUCAAUUAUCAUAAAAAUUAUAUAAAUGAAGUUUUAAAAGCUAUUAAACUUGACGGCAUCAACAUCCGUGGCUACACAGCAUGGUCACUGAUGGAUAACUUUGAAUGGGCCAUGGGAUAUGCAGACAGAUUUGGCUUAUUUUAUGUCAAUUACUCCAACCCUUCUUUACCUCGUAUUCCUAAAGCUUCAAGUAAAUAUUAUUCUACAAUUAUUCAUUGUAAUGGCUUUCCUGAUCCUGCUUUGGGACCUCAUGAAUGUCUCCAAUUAGAAGCUACCAGCGUGAAACCCUCAUCAGCGAAACCCCUACCAACAACCACACCAACAAACACUGGAAGGGUUCAUUUUCUGGGAUUACAGCUAUCUACUGUGAAUGCCACAAGUGCUUUAUAUACUUUGUUCGCCAUUUUACUGGUUGCUGUUGUUUUGUUGGCUCUCUUUUCACAUAAAAUUUGGAAAACAAGAAAAGCAAAUAUACCUAAAUCACCUUCAUACACAAAUGAGUUAUCAAUAAAUCAUAACACUAACUUUUGAAGUGAGAAUUACGAUAGAGUGAAGGGGAUGUAAGUGGAAACUUUAAUUCACCAAGCAUAGUUUCUGCACCACAUCAACAAAAAUCUGAGACAGUUGUUUAUAUUGCUUCUAUAAAGUUUCUGCUAAAAAAACUGAAAAAAGACUGGGAAAACCCUCAGAAAUUCCAGACAGAUAAAUUUCAUAUUAUUUGAAUGUUCAAUUACCUUCAACUUAUUGGUUUUGUAUGUUUUUACUGUAAUCAACAUGCACAUUGCCAAAAUAUCAAAUUAUCUAGGUGUGUCCAGGAGA